CUGUGUGUGCGCGCGAGGCUCGAGACAGCUCCAGCCAGACAGACGCCAGCAGAGUUAGAGGAGCGCGAGCCCCUUAGCUCGGUAACCCUUUCUGACGGCAGGCUGAAAGCUGCACGCGCAGCUGUGUUUCCAGACAAGCAGUGAGACACGGAGGACCGGACUUAGAAGAUACACUAGUGGACUAAUUAAAUAUUAGGCUAUUAAUAUCUGGACAACAAGUAACUUACUGGAGCCAGUGAGUUCCUGGAGCCAACUCACUGAGUGGCAAAUCUCCCGCUGUAACGUUACAUCUUGAAGUGGCAACGCGAUACCGGAGCUUUCUUCACGAAGGGACCCUGAGCUUCACUGAGGGAUGUGCCGGUACCGGUGCAGCGUUUAGGAGACAUUAUCAUCGUGGAAUAGUACAGGCCAGCGCCAGUUCUCCCUUUAAUGCUGUCACCCGAGCCCUGACCUGCUGCUGUGACUCUUUUUCCACAGAGGUUUGGUGUAGUUUAGAAACUCACUGAUGUUACUCUGUGGGUAGAUGCAGUUUGUCUGUUUGGAAUAUGUUGCCACUCAUGACUGUUCCCCAUGACAAGUCAUUUCUUCUUUAGUUCUUUAACUAAUCCAUUAAGAUUCUGUCCCCCCAUGUGGCUGUGAAAACUUGACUGUCAGAGCUGUUUCAGAGGUGUUCUACGUAGCAUGACUGGUCAGUGUGAUUGCAUUUUGAAUUGUGAUUUUGCUCCUGAAGAGUUGCCAUCCUGUUCAUGUGCUGUUCCCAUUAUUUUGUCCAGCAGCUGCAGCUCCACUGCAGCCUGUCUGUGCUCCGUGUGUGUAUCAGUGUGGGUUAUUCACAGUGCUGCUAUGCAGACUGACUGGAGCCACGCUUAGACAGCUCCGCUGUAACCCUGAUUCUGAGGCACAGGCCUGGACUGCUCUCAUAGAAAGAAACCUUCACAGCUCAGGAAAAGCUCUCUGCAAGUCUCGAUCCAGAGGGACAAAUCGUGCGGAACAGCAGAUGUUACACAGCUUUGUGUACUAAUGUGGAUUAUUCAGGAUGCUGCUAUGCAGACAGAGUGGAGCCACAGAAAACCUGCUGGUGAAGCUAAAGUAACACACACGGCUGUGCAGCUUCUGUUAGUGCAGUUGAACAGCUUGUGUUACACAGUUGGCAGCUGAAGGUUUGUCAGGAAGGUAGGGCUUCUUUUGCAGGGUUUAGAUUGUGUAUUACUGAACAAAACUCAUACUGGUUAAGUAUGUGUACAUUCUAAAUUGGAAAGUUUCACAGAGACUGGGACCAAACAUCGUGUCAAAGUCCCCUUUGACGUUUUUACUGUAAUGAAGCAAAAGCUUCCAGCAGGUGAACGUUUAGAAAGAUGACACUCACAUAGUGAGUGAAACUUUGUGGAAUUGAAACAUUUAGUUGGACAGUUUUGAAGGCUUUGCAGUCGAUACAUGUAGUUCAGUUUCACUUACAUUUUGCGUAGUUGAAAUUAGAUUUGUUGUUAAAAUUAUUUCACUUUUGCUUGUUACACAAUUGUUGGAAAAAUGAAGAACCCUCAUCCACUGAGUAAUACCUGGAAUAGAUCCAUUAACAAGGACCCAGUACUGAUCUCUGUGCCAGGCACUAACAAGAAGUUCAAGAGGAAGUCCCGGGAGCCUAAAAGGCUUUUCAGCGACCCUGAGCCUGAGAGGAUGAAAACCUACCCAGCGGACAUGUCGGAUGUGGACUCGGUAGAUGACACCCAGAUGGAAGUGUGUAAUGUCAGCAGGUUGGCUCCACUACAGAGACAGCUGAUGAUGUCACAGGAGGCGAUGGCCAGUACUACAGGGAUUCAGUCAGGAACACGAGAAGGCAACGUGGCUCCAGCUCAGAGUGGUGCCAUAGACAUGAGAAUUGGCAUUAAUGUACCUGCCAUCACUUCCAAACUGUCCCAGUUACCUGCCUCUCCAUUCUCUAACCCAGAGAUCUCCCACUGGCCCACGGCCAUCUCCCAGCCUCUGUCCAGCAGACACAAACUGGGCUUCCGCUCCACUUUCCCUCUGUCGACGUCAACCAGCAGCAGCCACAGCCACUCACCCAGCCACCAGGCCUUCUCCCUGGAGUCCUCUCUGUCAGGCCAAACUGCAGCUCUGCCUGUCCCCAGAGCCUCCCAGACCUCCCAGUGUCACGAACUCGUGGAGCCCCAGGUCCAGUCACCUAAGGAGUCUCCCAGGAAGCGGGUUGGCGUUAGUGUUGAUGGGCCUGGGCGUCUUCCAGAGGUCAAAGCCAUCCAGCAGACCAGGAGGCUUCUAGCCAACGCCCGAGAGAGGACCCGUGUUCACACCAUCAGCGCUGCGUUCGAGGCCCUGAGGAAACAGGUGCCAUGUUACUCCUAUGGGCAGAAGCUAUCCAAGCUGGCGAUACUACGUAUAGCCUGCAACUACAUCCUGUCUUUGGCUCAGUUGGCUGAGCUGGACUACAGUUCAGACCACAGUAGUCUGAACUUCUCUCAGUGUGUGGAACAGUGUACCAGGACCCUGCAGGCCGAGGGCAGGAGCAAGAAGAGGAAGGAGUGAAGCUGAUAGCAGUGGACAGGUCCAACACAUAAACCUCUAACAAAACUAUGAGAAUGCUGGACACUGGGAGGACAAAUGACGAGAUGAGGAUCAGAGAAAUGUUGAGGAAAUGGAUAAAUAGAAGAGUGAACAGGAGGAUUUAUACAUUUUUUUCAUGAACUGCUCUCACCACACAUUAGUAGAUGAACUAACAUCAAGGCCCAUGAACAACAGCUUACUAAAAGACAGAUGCAAACUGAUGUAGGGACUAAAAGAUUCAGCAAUAAUCUCCACUUAUAUGCAUACUGCUACACACAUUACAUUACUGUGCUCCAAUUCUGUAUUCUCCACUUGGUAAUCCCUUGUCAAUACCAUGUUUAAGUAUGUAUUUCCUGGCAACACUCACUUCUGAGCUGGCAAAAAUCAUCAUGAGCAGGACACUCAGCUGGUAGCAGGUGUGUAAGAAGCCAAACAGUCAAACUGCAGAUAUUCAGAAGUCACUGCAGUUCAAGCAGCCCAUUCAUUCAGAGGUUUUUAAUACUAGACGUUUGUUUUAUAGUUUAUAAGCCUGUUAUAUUUCAAAAUAUUCCAAUUAUGUUUAUUCAGUACAAAUAAAAAAUAUUUUAAAAAUGA